GGUAUUUAUGAGUAAAUUUGAAUUACCACAGAGAGACAGAGAGAGAGAGAGAGAGGAGAAAAAUAGGAAAAAAGAAAACGUAAAAAAGUUUAUAGCUCCAUUUCCCUACACAGUGGAGCGAAGACUGAGAGCCGAAAGUGACGAACCAAUGGGGAAAAACAACAUCAACAGCAGCGGAACAGAGAACCUCAUCAGAGUGACAAAAACCACAUGAAACCCAAAACUAAAAACAAAACCAAAAACAAUAAAAGCAAACCCCCAAGUACCUUUUUUUUAUUUUUCUUCCUCUGCCACCUAGAACUAGGGCCUGCCCACAUCUUUAAUUUAUUUUUUCUUUUAAAUUUUCAAAAAAAAAAAAAGCAAAAAUUUUUGCGUUGGUCCGAAUCCAAAAACCCCUUAAGAGUGUUUUUGGGAAGAAACAAAAUCGUGAACGAAUACUGCGCAGGAUCACGGACCCCCGUGAUUUCCCUUUGACUCUCUGCUCCAUACCCCACAGUACUAUUACUCUGUUCUUAUCAUGGCUUCGAAACCCUAAAAAAAAAAAAAAAAAUGUUCGGAGACUAGGAAAUUAGAAAACCAUGAAGAUCGGUGAACCGGUGUCGUUUCUGCUAGUUGUCUGGCGGUGAGGGGGGAGAUCGCUUGGUGUUGUUCGGGGUAUCUUUUUUUUUUUUUUUUUUUUUUUUUUGUGGGUCAUGAGGAUUUGCUGGUUGGAAUCAGAGGAUUUGAGUAGCUGACUCGCUCAAUUUCGUCUUUUUCAUAUUUAGCUUGUUCCAAUUUUUUUUUUUUUUUUUACCUUGGUGUUCUGAAAAACGGGAAAAAAAAAAAAAACCCAUUUGGUGUUUCGAAAUUUUUUUUUUCUGGAAUCGGAUCGGAAUUUGCUGUUAUGAGCUUGUUUGAGGUUGGUUCUGAGCUCUGAUCUCGAAGAUUUCUAAUAGGUUCUUUGUGUUUGGAGCUGUCUCUUUGAUUUCGGAAAACAAGGAUAAACUGCGUCGCAGUGAAGGAUAGUGUUGUCCCUUGUCGGCCCUAUCUGUAUCCUCACAUUUUGCAAGUUGAAGAAUUUUAUGGAGGAGUAAGUAGAAAUCUGAGAGAUUGAGAGAGACAAAAAAGCUCUGCAAGUUUAUACAUUGCUGUACAUACCCAUUUGCCUCUGUGAUGCUCUGAAGCUCUGUAACGUGUCUGAGGCAGUGCUUAAGGAAGAAAAGCUACGUGGGUUUGGUUCGUCUGUUUUUCUUCUUUGUGGGUGUUUUGGAAUCUUGAGGUGAACAUCGAAAAUGGCUAUGUCCUGCAAGGAUGGUAAAGGCGGACCGGACAACGGUAAGUAUGUACGGUACACACCUGAGCAGGUUGAAGCCCUUGAGAGGCUCUAUCAUGAGUGCCCCAAACCCAGUUCGAUUCGUCGUCAACAGCUUAUAAGGGAAUGCCCAAUUCUCUCUAACAUCGAGCCCAAACAAAUCAAGGUCUGGUUCCAGAACCGAAGAUGCCGAGAGAAGCAAAGGAAAGAGGCAUCACGCCUUCAAGCUGUGAAUAGGAAACUGACAGCAAUGAAUAAGCUUUUAAUGGAGGAGAAUGAUAGGUUGCAGAAGCAGGUGUCACAGCUGGUAUAUGAAAAUGGAUACUUCCGCCAGCAUACCCAGACUACAACGCUUGCAACCAAAGACACAAGUUGUGAAUCGGCGGUAACUAGCGGUCAACACCAUGUGACACCUCAGCAUCCGCCGAGAGAUGCUAGUCCUGCAGGGCUUUUGUCCAUUGCAGAAGAAACUUUAGCAGAGUUUCUUUCAAAGGCUACUGGAACUGCUGUGGAGUGGGUCCAAAUGCCUGGAAUGAAGCCUGGUCCGGAUUCCAUAGGAAUCGUUGCUAUUUCUCAUGGUUGCACUGGAGUGGCAGCACGAGCCUGCGGCUUGGUGGGUCUAGAACCUACAAGGGUUGCGGAGAUCCUCAAGGAUCGACCUUCGUGGUUCCGUGACUGCCGAGCUGUGGAUGUUUUAAACGUGCUGCCCACAGCAAAUGGUGGAACCAUUGAGCUGCUUUAUAUGCAGCUCUAUGCGCCUACUACUUUGGCCCCUGCUCGUGAUUUCUGGCUGUUGCGCUAUACUUCUGUCUUAGAUGAUGGCAGCCUUGUGAUCUGUGAGAGAUCUCUUAAAAACACUCAAAAUGGCCCAACCAUGCCUCCAGUGCAGCAUUUCGUUCGAGCAGAAAUGCUGCCUAGUGGAUACCUGAUACGGCCUUGUGAAGGAGGUGGUUCUAUCAUUCACAUUGUUGAUCAUAUGGAUUUGGAGCCUUGGAGUGUGCCAGAAGUAUUGCGUCCGCUGUAUGAAUCAUCAACUGUUCUUGCUCAAAAGACAACAAUGGCAGCUUUACGCCAGCUAAGACAGAUAGCUCAUGAAGUUUCUCAGUCCAAUGUCACUGGCUGGGGUAGACGACCUGCAGCUCUACGAGCACUGAGCCAGAGGUUAAGCAGGGGUUUUAAUGAGGCACUUAAUGGUUUUACUGAUGAGGGGUGGUCGAUGAUGGGAAACGAUGGCAUGGAUGAUGUCACCAUCCUUGUAAACUCAUCUCCUGACAAGCUAAUGGGAUUGAAUCUUUCCUUUGCAAAUGGAUUUCCAGCUGUCAGCAAUGCAGUUUUAUGUGCUAAAGCUUCAAUGCUGUUACAGAAUGUACCUCCUGCUAUCCUUCUCAGGUUCCUGCGAGAGCAUAGAUCAGAGUGGGCAGACAAUAAUAUUGAUGCUUACUCAGCUGCAGCCAUUAAAGUAGGCCCCUGUAGUUUAGCAGGGUCUAGAGUUGGAAGUUUUGGGGGUCAAGUUAUACUUCCUCUGGCACAUACUAUUGAGCAUGAAGAGUUCUUGGAAGUCAUCAAGUUAGAAGGGGUUGGUCAUUCUCCUGAAGAUGCAAUUAUGCCCAGAGAAAUGUUUCUUUUGCAACUUUGCAGUGGAAUGGAUGAGAAUGCUGUUGGCUCAUGUGCUGAACUAAUUUUUGCUCCAAUUGAUGCAUCUUUUGCUGAUGAUGCACCUCUCUUGCCAUCUGGUUUCCGUAUUAUUCCUCUAGAUUCUGGGAAGGAAGCCUCCAGUCCAAAUCGUACCUUGGACCUUGCUUCUGCUCUUGAAAUUGGGCCGAGUGGGAAUAAAGCAUCUAGUGAUUAUUCUGCAAAUAAUGGUUGUAUGAGAUCUGUGAUGACCAUAGCAUUUGAAUUUGCAUUUGAAAGCCACAUGCAAGAACAUGUAGCAUCCAUGGCUCGACAAUAUGUUCGCAGCAUUAUAUCAUCAGUUCAAAGGGUGGCAUUAGCACUCUCACCUUCACAUUUGAGUUCUCAGGCAGGACUCCGAUCACCUCUAGGUACUCCUGAAGCACAGACGCUGGCUCGUUGGAUCUGCAACAGUUACAGGUGCUACAUGGGUGUCGAGCUACUGAAAUCCAACACUGAAGGGAGUGAGUCCAUCCUCAAAACCUUGUGGCAUCACUCAGAUGCCAUUAUGUGUUGCUCUUUGAAGGCAUUGCCAGUUUUCACCUUUGCAAACCAGGCUGGGCUUGAUAUGCUUGAGACUACGUUGGUUGCUCUGCAAGACAUUACUUUGGAAAAGAUUUUCGAUGACCAUGGACGAAAGACUCUCUGCUCAGAAUUUCCACAGAUAAUGCAGCAGGGUUUUGCUUGUCUUCAAGGUGGCAUCUGUCUUUCAAGCAUGGGGCGACCAGUGUCGUAUGAAAGAGCAGUGGCUUGGAAGGUGCUGAAUGAAGAGGAAAACGCCCACUGCAUCUGCUUUAUGUUUAUGAACUGGUCUUUUGUGUGACAUUGAGAACAAGACAUAGUUUAAGAAAAAAGAUGUUAAAAACUUUUAUGCCUUUUUAAUUAUGUGUGUCUUUUUCUAUGAAAAACCUUGGGAUGUUGGAGACUGAUAGUGCCAUCUUGUUACUGCUUUAGAUACCUUUGUGUAUGUGUUAAAAAGAUUAUUAGUUGACUUCGCUCUUCCAUUUCAUUA